AUGUACAAUAAUCUGAAAGAUGGUCCAGAAAGUGUUAUGAUAACCCCUAAGCCUGGUAAUGAUACAAUAACAAUAAAAGAUGGGAAACCAUUAGGUCCGUACAACUGUUCAGCUCACUGUAAUCCACCUUGUACCUUACAAUGGAAGUAUAAACAUCCGUCAGGGGAUUUUGUUAAUGAUACAUCCUAUGACAUUUCUUCAUUACCUUUACCAAUGCUAAACGCAGACAGAACUAGGAUGACUCUUAUACGAUGUGUAGCCAUCAACAGAGUAGGAAGUGCGAAUAAAGACAUCAAGUUGAAAAUUCUAUAUUUCGAGGACCCUCGAGUGUACAUUAAUGAAAAACUUCAAUAUUCAUCAACAAUUAAUGAAGGCACUCCUCUUAAUGUUACAUGUCUCCUUGGAGGAAAUCCCACUCCAGAAGUUAUCCUCAGAAAGCUCACUGCUAACAAGAUCAUUGGGGAAGGCCAUUUUAAUUACACAUGGAUAAAAGAUGCUAAGUGUUCUGACACAAGCAAUUACAGCUGUGAAGGAAAAUCAUCUGAGUUUGAGAGCAGGAUUCAGUCAUUUCAUAUCAACGUUACCUGUAGAUUCAUGUCAUCGCUGCAAGUCAGUAUUGUAUGA